AUGUCUGCCUGGAAAACCGACACAAGCUUGACCAGCGUCGAUGACCUCCACGGAACUCUUCCGGGUGGUCCGUCCAAGUACCAUAACCCCAAGUUAAAACAUGUCGAGGAGGAGGUUCUCGAGCAUUACAAGGCCUUCGCCCGAUUUUGCAACUACGAAUGCUUGGAGGAUCCUCACAGCGGAAAGCGAUUCUGGGAUCUCGACGACAUGACCAUUUUCGACUUGAUGGGACUUACCAACCGGCCAAACUUUCGUCCACAUUACGAUAAAGUCACGUUAUAUCUCAAGGAUGCGCAGAUCGAGUUCAAGGAUUUGGAGAUUGUUGCAGUGAGCGAGACGUUCGCUUACGCGACGUCGCUUGAGAGAUACUGGGGAAAAGCAGCCGACGGCAAUGAUUUUGAUCUGAUUUUCCGCAUUACCAGUUUGAUGCAGAAGACGAGCGAGGGAUGGCAGUAUGUACAUGAGCACUAUUCCUUUUCAGUUGACUUGGCGACGAAAUUGGCCGACCUCUCUUCGGGCAUUGCAGUGGAUGAAGGAUUGGCCCUGAAAAAGUAA